AGUUAGUCUAUCACUCGAGUUCGGCGCGCGCGGAGGUUUAACACAGUUCCCGCUACGAUAUAUUGCUUGGUUGAAUGAAUCGCUAAUUCCUUUGUCUACACGAUAAUUGCUGCGAUCGCUUUGUUGCAUUAGGUGAGCGAUAAGACCGUGACCUUGAGUUCAGCAGAAUGCUUAGAGAUGAUGAGGAGCCAAUUAUUGGCAGUAAUGAUGAGCUGCUGGACACCGAAGUGCUUUCCCCACCUACCAAUAGGAUUUUCGCUAGCUGGCUGAAAAGACCCCGCUCGCUUAUUUUAGAGCCCGCCGUAUUUCUGGUUUUCUUUGGCAGAUUCCUAACAGAUGCCGUUUACCAGAACCAGAUACUCUACCAGACCUGCGUCACGGUCAUGAAAUAUAAUGCCACCGAAUGCGAGCCAUUUCUCGGUACGGAUCGUGCCUCCGAUGAGGUUAAGAAGAUCGAGGGGCAAGUUCAGGAGUAUGCCUCCACCAUCACAAUGAUAAGCUCAAUGCUCGAGAGCACCAUUCCCGCCAUAGUUAGCCUCUUCCUGGGACCCUGGUCAGAUAAGUUCGGCAGAAGGCCCAUCCUGCUAUCCACAUUUACAGGCUACUUUAUCAGCGCCAUCAUCCUGGUAGUUCUUACUCAAAUAACGACUGCCGUCAAUAUCAGUCCCUGGUGGUUCCUGUUGUCCUGUGUGCCAUCUGUGUUUAGCGGGGGCACCUGCGCCCUCAUCACCAUCCUCUACUGCCAUGUAUCGGAUGUCGCCACCGAGAAUAAGCGAGCCAUGAGAAUGGUGACAAUGGAAGCUGCCCUAGGCCUGGGCAUGAUGGCUGGCGGAGUGGCUAGUGGAUACAUCUAUGCGGCUACUGGAGCUUCCACACUCUUUAUCUUGGUGGGCUCCAUCAUCUCCAUUGCGCUUAUUUACGUCUACUUCUUUGUGCCCGAGAGUCUGAAGUCUGAAGACUUGCAAAGUGGGUCUCGAAUCCGCGAGUUCUUCCGUUUGGACCUAGUUAAGGUCCUCGUUAAGACCUGCAUCAGGAAACGCGAGAACUACGAUCGUGCUAUCAUCUGGUUUGUGAUGAUGUCGCUGACAUUGUGCGUUUUUGCCAUGGAGGGCGAGUCAACAGUGAACUACAUGUUUAUGCGCAAGCAGUUCGACUACACUGUCCAGGACUACAGUGUGUUUAACGCGGCAAGGGUGGUCAUUCAAGUGGUUGGCAGUACCAUCGCCAUGAUCCUACUGCGUCGGCUUCUUGGACUGUCCACCAUCAUGAUGACCCUUCUAGCCUUUGCCUGUUGUGUUCUUGAGAGCACGGUCAGAGCCACGGCCGUAUAUGGCAGCGAGAUGUACUUGGCUCUAAUAGUGGGCAUGAUGCGGGGCGUCAUGUCGCCCAUGUGCAAGGCCAUCCUGUCGCACGUGACUCCCAGCUCGGAGUUGGGUAAAAUCUUUUCCUUAACUACUUCCCUGCAGUCCAUCUCCCCUUUAGGAGCGGCGCCUCUCUAUACGGCCGUAUACCAGGCCACUGUAAACUUUUAUCCGGGCAUCUUUAACUUCAUCAGUGUGGGAUUGUACUUCCUGUGUUACUGCAUGUCGGCAGCGGUCUUCGGCAUUCAAAAGUCAAUGGGCAGCGACAGCGUUUACCAGGCCAUAGGAAGUUGACCUAGACAUCACGCAUUGGAAUAGAUCCCAAUCGAGAUGUGAACCAUUCAUAGGCCAGUGUAUCAAUAUGAUUUCCA